AUGGGGAAGGCGGCGGACUCAUUCUCCACCUGCAGCAGAAAAUCUGCACUUCAUAUUGGCGCUCGUUUCCAGAGUUCAGAACAAUUUUUGCCAGGCUACUUUGUAGCAAGGUGGGUCCUGAGCAUCACCUCCCACCGGACCCCAAAGAUCGAGGAGGAGCCUCGGUCUGUCACUAGGCUUCCAAUGGAUUCGCCAGAGCAGCUUUACCCAACCUGGGCUCCGGGAUCAUCUCAGACACCCAAUGAAGAGGAUUCCCAGGAAAGCUCAGGUGCCUCUCAAACGCUCUCCGAAGUAUUAACCAAGAACCUUGGUAAAUUGACCCUAGACUCUAGUAUCCUCCUCCCUUCCCCUCUGCCAGAGUAUCCGUCUCAGCAGCCAGGCAGAGAGAGGAAACCACAGGGGCUGGUGGAGCGCAUCCUCAGCAGCAGUGGGAGGAGGACUGGAGUGAGGACCUUGUUAACAGCCCGGAAGGAAAGAAUGGCAAGGAUGAUUCGAAUGAUUCAGUACCAGCGCUACCUAAACCCGGGGUCUCAGGGUGAAACAAGAGUGGAAAGAUUCAGAUGUCGCUGUCAUUAUUGCCUGUAUCACAAAGAUCUUGCUGAGGAAACCAGCAUGGAGAAUAAUUAUGACGUGGAGCCAAUGUAA